AUGCCCGCCGAAGCGGCAACAAACGCCGUGCCGAACACAAGGAUAGUGACCAUCGGCCGCCAGGCCCGCGCGGAGCUCUCGAGCCUGCGCUUUCCAUUCAAACGAUUGGUGAGCGUCCGCGGUGCGACGAGGUUCGGCCUCGCCGCGUGCUACGGCUUGGCCGCAUGUUCUUGCCUCGUCAAGAUCGCGACGCAGCUCGAGUGCGAUGCGAGGAAGCCACCCGCACCCUUCGACGCGUCGCGCGACCGCUUCGUCGACGUCGCGGCGACGUGGUUCGGCCUCAACGUGGCCGUGGCGCUGUUGCUCGCCACGGCCGAUGCGGGCUGCGGCGUCGAUAAAUGUCAGAAACGCUUCCGGGAAUAUCCGCUCUUUGCCUGGUUGUACUCGGGCGUGUUCCAAGGGCUCUUCUUCACGCCCGCGUCCAUCGUCAUCGCGCUGACGGGGCUCGGUCUGUUGAAAGAUGCGUCCUGGGCCUGCGCGCUGGCGGCGCAGGCACUGCCGGGCAUCGCCGGGAUGCAGCUCCGCGAAUUACUACUGUUUAGGUCGGACUGGAUGAUGACGGCCCACCACAACCUCACAGCGUUGUUGGCGGCCGUCAUCUGGGCCGGCUGCCGCGAACAUCCGGAAGAUGCCAUUAGAUGCCUCACGGCGGCCGGCGCCGCCGCGGCGAUGGAGGGCGGGAGCGUCGGCUGCGUCAUCUGGACCGUGAGCGGCGGCGGGCGCGUGGCGUCCGUCUUGUACGCCAUUCUCAUGACGGGCUGCCACGUGCUGAUUUUGCCACUUUAUGUCACUUACGUGCUUCGAUGGGCGGGGGCCGGCUUCGACGGCGGCCCGCUCCUCUGCCUCCUGGUGGCCCUGGUGACCGUCGGCACGGCGCCCCUCAUGUGGACGCGGACGACGUUCAUGCUUGGCGAAUUGCGGCGGGGCGUCGCGUCCGGGGUGUUUGUGGAGGAGGACUCGAAGAAAAUUCGGUAA